AUGACUGGACAAGAUAUCAAAGUCGCCAUCGUAACAGGUGCUACAUCCGGCAUUGGCAAAGCAAUUGCGCGCGACCUAUACAAGCAAGGAUGGCACGUCGCCUGCGUUGGCCGCAGGGAAGAACCCGGCCAUGAGCUUGAGAAAUCCCUAGGAGACAGGGCACGGUUCUUUAAAGGAGAUGUAAGUAACUAUCAGAGCCAGGCGGGUGUCUUUCAGCAGGUUUUCCGGCACUGGGGCCGAAUCGAUGCUCUAUGUGCCAAUGCCGGCGCAGUCGAUCAAUCUUCGCUUUACCUCCUCGGCCAACACGAGCGGGAUGUAGACGAUCUACCGGAGGAGCCGAACCUUAUAUCCACGGAUACCAACUAUAAAGGCCUGAUUUACGGGACUGUGUUAGCAACGCAUUUCAUGCGGCACAACACGCCUCGACUAGGUGGGAAGAUCGUGGUGACGGGGAGUAUUGGCGGAAUGUUCCCGCAUAGAACGUACCCCGAGUACUGCGGAACCAAAGCGGCGAUCAACCUGUUCGUUCAGAAUAUGGCGCCUAUCCUCAAGGCCAAACAUAACAUCCACAUCAAUUGUGUCAUGCCAGGGAUGGUCGAUACUGAGAUUGUUCCUCCCGAGAUGACUGCGGCCGUGUCGCCAGAAUGUUUGACGCCAGUUCAAACUAUACUGGACGCGUAUCGUCUCUUUUUAGAUGACACAACAGGGAUGGCUGGCGAGUUGCUAGAAUGCUCCGUGGACAAGAUGUUAUUCUAUAAGCCACAAGAGAUGGCCAACGGACGGUUUACCAAACGCGCUGUCACGGUUUGGGAGCCACUAUUUAGUCAGAUGCAUGGUGAGGACUCUGGGUUGCCAGAUGCAAUUCCAUAA